AUGAACGCAGCUCAGCUCGACGCGGAUUCGCAGCCGCCCUCGGAACCUCAGAUGGACGACCAGGAACCGCCCGACGAUACCAAGGGGCCGGUCUUUGGCCGGCCCGAUCCCGCCUUUGCCUUUGGCGACCUCCAGGACGCUGCAAAGCUCUUCCUCACCGCACAGCAGAGCUCAUCGGCGGCAGACCUGAGCGCCACCCUCGACCACCAGUCGCAGGCACCUGGCACCGGCGUGCGCGCCCCCGCCGCUGCCGCCGCUGCCGCCCCUGUCGCCCCUGGCCUGCCCCGCAAGGCAUCGGACGGCACCGCCACCCGCUCCCACAAGCACAAGUGGUCGCAGGAAGAGACCCAGGCGCUCGUCGACGGCUGCAACAAGCACGGCGUGGGCAACUGGAAAAAGAUCCUCUCGGACCCCGAGCUCAGCGGCCAGUUUUCCGAUCGCACCGCCGGCGACCUCAAGGACCGCUUCCGCACCUACUUUCCCGACACCUACCACGAGCUCUACCCCAACGCCAAGACCCACCUCAGCAAGGCGGUCCGGGGAAAGGACGCCGAGGGCAAGAGCAUCUUUGAAAAGGGCAAGACCAAGGAGCGGCGUCCCUUUUCGGCCGACGAGGACGCCGCGCUCAAGCGGGGCUACCUCGAGCACGGCUCCCACUGGGCGUUGAUUGCCAAGGACGCCGUUUUCCAGAACCAGCGCCGCGCCAUCGACCUCCGCGACCGCUUCCGCAACGCCUUUCCCGAGGACUACGAGCGGGCCGGCUUCAAGCCCAGGCUCGCGCGGUGCAAAAAGGACCGCGUGGCGGCGGCAGCAGCCGCAGCCAAGGCCGACGAUGACCCGGCCACGGGCCCUCGCUCGACGACGCUGCCCUUUGCUUUCGAGGCCGGCGCCGUGUCGGACGGCAUGCACGCCGAGUACGGCAUGAGCGACGCCAGCGACGGCCACCUGACAGACCACGGCAGCCUGACCGAUGGCAACGAGAGCGGCCUCCUGCUGGGCCGACCCACCCGCGAGGCUGGCGCCGGCGCCGGGGCCUUUCUGGGGCGCUCCAAUUCGCUCGGCGCCGCCUUCCGGGCCCCGCGAUCGAAGCUGCAGCAGAGUACCUCGAGCACCGACGACGUCGAGUCGGAACCGCCUCUGCCACACAGGCCCCAGCUCGUGUCGGCCAACACCCUGCCGCUUUCCGCCAGCAUCGCCGAUCCGCACCGAUCGCUCGGCGGCUUGUUUGAGCAGCUCCGGGCGACGAGCAUCAACAGCACGGCCAGCCACUCGACUGCGAGCAGCGUCCACGGCGGCCGCAACACGUCGCCGAGCGAGAGCGAGGGUGCGGUGCCCGGUCACGGCAAGGCCGCGUCCGCCGAAGAGUCGAGCCGGUGCCAUGCCGGAAAGCCAAAGGACGCCACGUCUCACAAGCGCCGCAGCCACAGCACCCGGACCGGCAAGAGCUCCGCCCUCGAGCGCAUGCCUUCCUUGCACGGGCACGCCUUGCACGGGCACGGGCACGGACACGGCCACAGCCAUGCACACGGCGCCGCCGCGCACCACGGCCAUGGCCCGGGAUCGACCGCUUCUCGAGCGUCCAGCGCCCUCGGCACGACUGAACGCCCGCACCUGCCGCACAUGGCCAGCAACGAGAGCUCGUGCAGCGAGGCGAGCUGGGCGGGCUACGACGUCGCCUCGUCGACGUUUGCACGGUCCGAAAGCGAGGCCAGCAACUCGCACGACGUCGCCAUGGACGUCGACGAGCCCAUCUCGAUCGACGGCAGCCUCUGGCCCGGCCAGCACUCGGCGACGAGCGACAUCUCCGCCGCAAGCCUCAACACGCCGCGCUCCUCGAUCUACAGCCAGAUCGACUACCCCAAUCUGCAGAUGUGGAGCAACGACGUGGCCGGACAAACCGCCCAGGCGGGCGUUGUGCAGCACGGCGAUCAGACCAAGGUCCACCACGACGGCAGCGUCGGUGGUAGGAUGUCCGAGAUCCCACCGAACCACAGCGUCCAAGGACCGCCGGCGAGGAUCUUCGCAGCGCAGCAGGCCGCCGAUCAUGACAGAUCCAGGCCCGCCUUGCCAGCAUCGCAGGGUGGCGCUGGCGACGGCCCGGAGCAGCGAACCGAGCUCGGAAGCCUCAGCGCACCCAACGGCCCGGUCACCGCUUCGCGCAGCGUGUGGUCCUCGGCCAUGGAUGCUUUCCUGGAUCCCCUGCAGGAUCUCCUGGAUCCGCUCGGGCCAUCUCCGGGCGGCGGCGGCGGCGGCGGCAACGGCUGGCUCAACGGCUGGAGCUUCAACGCCAACGAGCCGGCGCGCGGCAUCGACGAGACGCCAGGCAUCCUCUCGUCGACGCCGCUCUCGCACCACAAAUGGGCCGGCGACCUGCACCUGCGCAAUUACUCGGUGGCCAACCUCAACGCGCUGUUUGACUCGAUGCCCGACUUUGACGGCGGGGCCAACCUGCCCGCAGACAUUAGCAGCGGACAGCAGAGCGCGGCCAGCAGCCAUCACAGCCGCAGCGCCAGCGUCCUCGACGACGCGUCGGCUGCCUCGGCCCCCGGCGACCGGCCAGAGGGCUCGGCUGACCUGGAGCGAGGGCGCAUGAUGUCGCUCGAGCCCCAGGAGCGCGCCUUGCACUCUGCCAGCGCGUCCUGGUCGCCCGCGCGGCGUCGCCCCCUCGACCACGGCCCUGCUGCCACCAACCCCUGCCCCACGCCGCCUGUGAUCGGCGCCGGCCUGCACGGAGCGACUCGCCGGCUGAGCGAUCCUGCCGCCAAGAGCGUACAGGAGCUCCUCGAGGCCGCCUCGUUCAGCCUCGAUGCCUCGCUCGGCCUCGACUCUGCGCCCUACUUUCCUGCGCUGGCAGAGUCGUCGUUUGGCCUGCGUCGCAAGCGCUCCAACGAUACGCUGCGCAACACGGACGGCGUCAUCGGCGACGACGGCGGGGCCGGCCAGAUGCCCUCUACGAUGGUGGGACCGACGGAUGGAGCGCCUGCAAUGCGGCCGCCGCCGCUGCCGCCGUUCAACGCCGAGCGCCGCAACUCGGUGCCGGCGAUGGCCAUGCUGGGCCAGGGCACGGUCGGCGGGGCCGUCGGCGAAGCGCAGAGCCUCUCGGGUACCGCCGGAGCCUACGAUGGGUCGCUGUCGAUCCUUGAGCAGCUCGGCCUGCCGGCGACGGCGAUCGACUCGAGCUAUGCGGCGUCGCUUCCCGACGUCUCCGGUGCGCCGGCACACGUCCGCGACAUUCGGCCGGCCUCGCAGCAGCAGCACCAUCACCAGCAGCAGCAGCACCAUCAGCCUACGCAGCUGUCGCAGGCGCAGGCGCAGCCGCAGCAGACCUACUCGUACGACGACAUUGACCUGGCGGCGCUGGCGGACCUGGACCGCUCGCCGGCGAGGCUGUACGCCGAGGCGCAGGAAAUCUUCAACCAGCUCGGCCAGCUGUCGAUGCCGUGGUCGACGUCGGGCCUGGACGCCGCGGGCGGGCGUCCUGCGCAGGGCCAGUCCCACCAGCAGGCGACGACCGACUCGAGCUCGUCUGGACAGCCUGCGACGGCAGCGUCGGAUCGAGGGGUGUCGUUUGAGCCGGCCGGCCUGGACCUUCUCGGCGGCGGCGGCGGCGGUCGUCACGACGGCGGGCACGGCAGCCACGGGGCGGCGCAGUUGCCCGCCAUGAUGGCGACGUCGCCGGCCGUGGCGCGGUCGGCCAGCGUGAGCCACGUGGAGCAGCGGCCGCAGGUGGUUCGAGGACUGCUGUCGCAGGACGCGGCGAGCACGACGAUUACGGCGCCGACGCUGCUGGGCGCUCCCUCGGGCUCGAUGGCGAGCACGACGGCGUCGCUGUGGGCGUCGAGCGGAUCGCUGGACCGGCUCGAGCAUCUGUACCUCGAAGGGCUGCACUCGAGCCCGUCGCUGGCGGCAGCGAGCCCGGUGGGCAGUGGGCCGCACGCCGCCAACAACGCCGGCGGCGCCCAUCGCCCGGGCUGGAUGCUGUCGGGCGCCAACGAGCUGGGCUCGGGCUACCUGAGCGAGUGA